GCGAUGCGGAGUGGUAGUGUGAUGUCAAUUACGAUUUAAAUUUUAUUUUCCGAUUAAGUUGAUUUAGUUUUUUGUGCCAGUGCUAAAAGGAAACUUUUUUGUGUAGUGAUUUAAAAAAAAAUAUAAUAUAAUUUCAACCUGAAUACUCCAACGAAAACGGCAGCUGUCCGAUUUUAUCUACGACUGAAGAGACGACGAAAAAAAAGAAAAUAGUAUCUAUUCCAAAGUCUGUAAGACUUUAAAUUGUCUGUGAUAUAAUUUAUUUUUCACUUUUUAAUUUAUUACCGAAAAAGAAUUCUAAAUUCAAAUUAGAAUUAUAAAUUGAACAAUAGACUAAAGAGAUUAGAUCAGGCCAUUAACAGAUUGGUUUGGCAUUUAAAAAGAAAUUUGAAUCUGCGUUAUAUUAUCCGUGGUGAUACAAUGAGAGACAACAUGAAGGCUUGUCAACACACGUUGUCAGAUGACGUCAUCUACAAGGAGGUCGUUGUUAUCGGCAAUGGUCCGAGUGGUCUGGUGACGUCAUACAUGUUGGCCGGGAAUGUGCCCUAUUUGAAACGGAAUAUACCUGAGGACCUACCCAUUGACGAGAUGCUUAGAGCCAGAUUAUCCAAUCUUCAACCAGGACAGAAUCUACUAGAAACAGACCUUAUGGAAUUGGCUGAGGGUUUGGAAGGAAGAAGUCACAAUCCUAUACCUUUAUUAAUGGACAAUCUGUUACGGCCGUGCGCUGAUUUGGACAUUGAUGCAGAUUCUCUCAUAGAAUGGAAAUAUGACGUAGAAAAACAGGUGGAGCACGUGGUGCUGGGUCGAGGUCAGCCCGGCGGCUCCUGGCACUCCUUCCCCCCCGCACUGCGCACUCUCUCCCCUGCCGCCUGGCUCGCCCUCCCCCCGCACCGCACUGCGCACCCCCCACACACUCCCCACUCCCCCCACUCCCGCCUCACUGCGCGCGCGCUCGCCAACUACUGCCGGAGAUAUGUACGAGUUAAUAAUUUGCAGCGUUUCUUCCACUGCGGUGUGACAGUGACGAGCGUGACGCGAUGUGUGCGCGGUGGGGGUGGGGGCGGGGGUGGGGGGGGCCCGCCCUGCGCCGGCGCAGCUUGUCCCCGCGCAGCAUCCUUCUGCGUUUCCGGUUACGACAGUCGUGGUGGUAAUGGGGGGCGCUGCGUGCGCUACGUGUGCCGGCGCGUGGUGUUGGCGUGUGGUGGAGCUGACUCCCCCAAUGCAGCCCUCGCACCACUCGCCCCCCACGCGCUGCAACACCUCGCCGCGCUACACACACUGCCCGCAGGUACCACCCUCCCCGCACCACUCGCCCCCCACGCGCUGCAACACCUCGCCGCGCUACACACACUGCCCGCAGGUACCACCCUCCCCGCACCACUCGCCCCCCACGCGCUGCAACACCUCGCCGCGCUACACACACUGCCCACAGGUACCACCCUCCCCGCACCACUCGCCCCCCACGCGCUGCAACACCUCGCCGCGCUACACACACUGCCCACAGGUACCACCCUCCCCGCACCACUCGCCCCCCACGCGCUGCAACACCUCGCCGAGCUACACACACUGCCCACAGGUACCACCCUCCCCGCACCACUCGCCCCCCACGCGCUGCAACACCUCGCCGAGCUACACACACUGCCCACAGGUACCACCCUCCCCGCACCACUCGCCCCCCACGCGCUGCAACACCUCGCCGCGCUACACACACUGCCCACAGGUACCACCCUCCCCGCACCACUCGCCCCCCACGCGCUGCAACACCUCGCCGAGCUACACACACUGCCCACAGGUACCACCCUCCCCGCACCACUCGCCCCCCACGCGCUGCAACACCUCGCCGCGCUACACACACUGCCCACAGGUACCACCCUCCCCGCACCACUCGCCCCCCACGCGCUGCAACACCUCGCCGCGCUACACACACUGCCCACAGGUACCACCCUCCCCGCACCACUCGCCCCCCACGCGCUGCAACACCUCGCCGCGUUACACACACUGCCCACAGGUACCACCCUCCCCGCACCACUCGCCCCCCACGCGCUGCAACACCUCGCCGCGCUACACACACUGCCCACAGGUACCACCCUCCCCGCACCACUCGCCCCCCACGCGCUGCAACACCUCGCCGCGCUACACACACUGCCCACAGGUACCACCCUCCCCGCACCACUCGCCCCCCCCGCGCUGCAACACCUCGCCGCGCUACACUCACUGCCCACAGGUACCACCCUCCCCGCACCACUCGCCCCCCACGCGCUGCAACACCUCGCCGCGCUACACACACUGCCCACAGGUACCACCCUCCCCGCACCACUCGCCCCCCACGCGCUGCAACACCUCGCCGCGCUACACACACUGCCCACAGGUACCACCCUCCCCGCACCACUCGCCCCCCACGCGCUGCAACACCUCGCCGCGCUACACACACUGCCCACAGGUACCACCCUCCCCGCACCACUCGCCCCCCACGCGCUGCAACACCUCGCCGCGCUACACUCACUGCCCACAGGUACCACCCUCCCCGCACCACUCGCCCCCCACGCGCUGCAACACCUCGCCGCGCUACACUCCCUGCCCGCGGGUACCCCCCCCCCCGCACCACUCGCCCCCCACGCGCUGCAACACCUCGCCGCGCUACACACACUGCCCACAGGUACCACCCUCCCCGCACCACUCGCCCCCCACGCGCUGCAACACCUCGCCGCGCUACACACACUGCCCACAGGUACCACCCUCCCCGCACCACUCGCCCCCCACGCGCUGCAACACCUCGCCGCGCUACACACACUGCCCACAGGUACCACCCUCCCCGCACCACUCGCCCCCCACGCGCUGCAACACCUCGCCGCGCUACACUCACUGCCCACAGGUACCACCCUCCCCGCACCACUCGCCCCCCACGCGCUGCAACACCUCGCCGCGCUACACACACUGCCCACAGGUACCACCCUCCCCGCACCACUCGCCCCCCACGCGCUGCAACACCUCGCCGCGCUACACACACUGCCCACAGGUACCACCCCCCCCGCACCACUCGCCCCCCACGCGCUGCAACACCUCGCCGCGCUACACACACUGCCCACAGGUACCACCCUCCCCGCACCACUCGCCCCCCACGCGCUGCAACACCUCGCCGCGCUACACUCACUGCCCACAGGUACCACCCUCCCCGCACCACUCGCCCCCCACGCGCUGCAACACCUCGCCGCGCUACACUCACUGCCCACAGGUACCACCCUCCCCGCACCACUCGCCCCCCACGCGCUGCAACACCUCGCCGCGCUACACUCACUGCCCACAGGUACCACCCUCCCCGCACCACUCGCCCCCCACGCGCUGCAACACCUCGCCGCGCUACACUCACUGCCCACAGGUACCACCCUCCCCGCACCACUCGCCCCCCACGCGCUGCAACACCUCGCCGCGCUACACUCACUGCCCACAGGUACCACCCUCCCCGCACCACUCGCCCCCCACGCGCUGCAACACCUCGCCGCGCUACACACACUGCCCACAGGUACCACCCACCCCGCACCACUCGCCCCCCACGCGCUGCAACACCUCGCCGCGCUACACACACUGCCCACAGGUACCACCCUCCCCGCACCACUCGCCCCCCACGCGCUGCAACACCUCGCCGCGCUACACUCACUGCCCACAGGUACCACCCUCCCCGCACCACUCGCUCCCCACGCGCUGCAACACCUCGCCGCGCUACACUCACUGCCCACAGGUACCACCCUCCCCGCACCACUCGCCCCCCACGCGCUGCAACACCUCGCCGCGCUACACUCACUGCCCACAGGUACCACCCUCCCCGCACCACUCCCCCCCCACGCGCUGCAACACCUCGCCGCGCUACACACACUGCCCACAGGUACCACCCUCCCCGCACCACUCGCCCCCCACGCGCUGCAACACCUCGCCGCGCUCCACACACUGCCCACAGGUACCACCCUCCCCGCACCACUCGCCCCCCACGCGCUGCAACACCUCGCCGCGCUACACACACUGCCCACAGGUACCACCCUCCCCGCACCACUCGCCCCCCACGCGCUGCAACACCUCGCCGCGCUACACUCACUGCCCACAGGUACCACCCUCCCCGCACCCCUCGCCCCCCCCGCGCUGCAACACCUCGCCGCGCUACACUCACUGCCCACAGGUACCACCCUCCCCGCACCACUCGCCCCCCACGCGCUGCAACACCUCGCCGCGCUACACACACUGCCCACAGGUACCACCCUCCCCGCACCACUCGCCCCCCACGCGCUGCAACACCUCGCCGCGCUACACUCACUGCCCACAGGUACCACCCUCCCCGCACCACUCGCCCCCCACGCGCUGCAACACCUCGCCGCGCUACACUCACUGCCCACAGGUACCACCCUCCCCGCACCACUCGCCCCCCACGCGCUGCAACACCUCGCCGCGCUACACUCACUGCCCACAGGUACCACCCUCCCCGCACCACUCGCCCCCCACGCGCUGCAACACCUCGCCGCGCUACACACACUGCCCACAGGUACCACCCUCCCCGCACCACUCGCCCCCCACGCGCUGCAACACCUCGCCGCGCUACACACACUGCCCACAGGUACCACCCUCCCCGCACCACUCGCCCCCCACGCGCUGCAACACCUCGCCGCGCUACACACACUGCCCACAGGUACCACCCUCCCCGCACCACUCGCCCCCCACGCGCUGCAACACCUCGCCGCGCUACACACACUGCCCACAGGUACCACCCUCCCCGCACCACUCGCCCCCCACGCGCUGCAACACCUCGCCGCGCUACACACACUGCCCACAGGUACCACCCUCCCCGCACCACUCGCCCCCCACGCGCUGCAACACCUCGCCGCGCUACACACACUGCCCACAGGUACCACCCUCCCCGCACCACUCGCCCCCCACGCGCUGCAACACCUCGCCGCGCUACACACACUGCCCACAGAGAUAUCAAACAGCAGUGACCCCGCGCUGGUGGUGGGGUCAGGUCUGAGUGCUGCUGACGCGGUGAGGUCAUUGCGCGUGCGCAGGCCUGUACUGCACGCACACCGCAACCCCCCCGCAGCACUCGCCCGGCUCUCACCCACUGCAUACCCUGACUACUGGGAGAUCUACAAGAUGAUGUGCGAUGGACCGAGCGGAAAACAUCACAACUACACGCCUUACCCUGACCACGUGGUCGUCGAUGUCACUCCUCUGGACCCUGACACCAACGACAAGUACAGCCUCAAACGUGUCACACUUCUAGACCUCAACAACAAUCAGACAACACAAGUGACCGUCUCCCUCAUUGUGGUCCUCAUCGGAUCUAGACCAGAUCUGUUCUUCCUCCAGACAAACUUCAAUAUCAACGAUAUGGAAAUCAAAAAAUGCAUCAAAUGCAACAAUGAAAAGGAAAAUGGAAAAAUCGAAGAAAACCAAAAGCAAUGCUUCUUUAAAAACCAUUGGCUAUAUUUCAAAUCUGUACUCGGACAGAGCAUUCAGAGUUGCAAGUCUAGAUAUUUAAAUUAUACAGAAAUAAAUGGCAACACCGAUAACAAAUGCAACAACACAAACUGUGAUAAAAUCGAAGACGGUUCUGAAAAUUUUAAAUACGACACAAUUAUAUAUACUGACUCAGAUAAACUUAAAUGUGAAUGUCAAACCACGAACCCAUAUAGUAGUGGAUUGGGUUUCGGUAUAGACCCAUCGAAGCCAGUAGAUGGCAGAUCCAACCCGGUAGCUAUAGACAAGAGUACCCAUGAGUUACUUAACGCCCCCAAAGGUGUCUAUGCCUUAGGACCUCUCACUGGGGACAACUUCAUAAGGUUCAUCCCCGGAGGAGCUCUGGCCAUAGUAUCUCAUAUCCACAAAGAAAUGAAGACAGUAGCCGAGUGAAUUAAUUACUCAGUGAAAUAAAUGUGAUUUUAUAUAUACUUAAUUUUUUUUAUAAUAAAUUAUUUUUUAUAC